AUGUCAAACGAAAUUGAAGAACAAAUGGAGAGUUCCUCUGAAUCGGAAGACGAAGUUAUGGAGGAAGGCGAGGAAGUAGAUGAUGACGAUCGUCCUAAAACCUAUUUACCCGAUCAACCCCUAAAAGAAGAUGAGCACCUGGUAUGCGAUCAAUCUGCGUAUGUCAUGUUGCAUCAAGCCCAAACAGGUGCUCCUUGUCUAAGCUUUGAUGUUAUCACUGACAAUCUUGGGAGUGAUAGGCACGAGUUUCCGAUGACAACCUAUUUGGUAGCCGGCACUCAAGCUUCUAGUGCACAUUUGAACAAUGUUUUAGUAAUAAAGAUGUCCAAUUUGCAUCAAACAUCUAAAGAGGCUGAAAAUGAAGAGUCAGAUUCAGAUGACGAUGAUGAUGAGGAAGAGGAAGAUGAUGAGAAAAAGCCAGAAAUGACAUUUUCUUUCAUCAAACAUCAAGGAUGUGUUAAUAGGAUAAGGGCAACAAAUUUCAAAAAUUCUGUUCUGGCAGCAAGUUGGUCUGAAUUGGGUAGAGUAGACAUAUGGAAUAUAACUCAGCAAUUGCAAGCAGUGGAUGAUCCUACAUUGCUUGAACGCUAUAAUUUGGAAAGUGUGAACAAUCCAGUAAGGCCCCUGUAUUCAUUUAAUGGCCACCAGCAGGAAGGGUUUGGGAUUGAUUGGAGUCCCACGGAGCCCGGUGUACUAGCAACUGGUGAUUGCAGAAGAGAUAUUCAUAUAUGGACUCCAAACGAAGCUGGUACUUGGGAUGUUGAUCAACGCCCUCUAGUCGGACAUACUGCUUCUGUUGAAGAUAUACAGUGGUCUCCUAAUGAGAGAAAAGUCUUGGCUUCCUGUUCAGUGGAUAAAUCCAUUAGAAUAUGGGACACGAGAGCGGCCCCCAACAAAGCUUGUAUGUUGACAGCUGAGGAUGCCCAUCAGAGCGACAUAAAUGUUAUUUCAUGGAACAACAAAGAACCGUUUAUUGCAAGUGGUGGCGAUGACGGAUUCCUUCAUAUCUGGGACUUAAGGCAAUUUUCUAAUAAGACUCCAGUCGGAACAUUCAAACACCACACUGCCCCCGUUACUUCGGUGGAGUGGCACUGGACUGAGCCUAGCGUAUUGGCGUCUGCUGGAGAGGAUCAUCAAGUUGCACUUUGGGAUUUGGCGGUGGAGCGAGAUGAUGACGACUUAGUUGAUGAAGAGCUAAAGAACUUGCCACCUCAGCUUCUAUUCAUCCACCAAGGACAAAGUGAUAUAAAAGAAUUACACUGGCACAGACAAAUUCCAGGCGUCAUGAUAACUACUGCGCACACUGGUUUUAACGUAUUCAAAACAAUUAGUGUAUGA